AUGCGUGUCAUACUGGACAAUCAGGGACGACUGGUGUACUCGAGACCGUCCCGACUGCCCGAUGACAAGCCGGUCUACAAGUGUCUCACCUUUGCCGAGAUACUGCCCACGCUAGAUCGAACAAGGGAGGUAGUAGGCAUCAGAGAUGUGCUCUCAGAGACGGCGGCUCUCGAUGAGAAGGGACGACCGAUUCGGGUGGAAGGACGAGAGCUGAAGAAGCUCCAACUGGCGCCAAAGUUCCGCUGGCUCACCAUCGGCCAGGUAAUGGACCGUGUCGACGCAAUUGCUCGUGGACUGAAGGGAUUGGGCCUGGAAAAGGGCGACAAGGCGCUAAUCUAUGCAGAGAACAGCCCCGAGUGGUUCUUCACCGGACUAGCACUUGCCCGUCUCAAUGUAGUCUGUGUGACGCUUUUCUCAACCCUAAAUGAUUCAGGCGUAGUUUAUGGCAUCAAUCAAUCUGAUGCAAAGGUGGUGAUCACCUCGCAGUACCUUCUGCCAAAGGUGCUCUCCUAUGCCGACCAGCUGCCAGCUGUCGAGAAGAUUGUCUACUUUGAGAAUCCACGCGAGCCCAUCAGUUUGCCGAGCGACUCAACCAUUCCCGUCACCACGCUGAGACAGAUUGAGACUGCCGGCGAGAGGACGCCAAUGUGCGAAUUUGAGAAACCAGACCCCGAUGAUAUUGCGGUGAUCAUGUUCACCAGCGGUACCACUGGCGAUCCGAAGGGAGUGAUGAUCAGUCACAAACAACUGUUCACGAGUGUACAAAACAUGCUUCGAAUGGACGAGGAGUAUGGCAGUCUGGGCCAAGAAACGGAUCACACUGCCUACCUUCCAAUGGCGCACAUGUUCGGAUAUGUUGUCAAUAUCGCAAUACUAUCAACUCGCGGGCGGCUAGGAUUCUGCUCGCCCUUCACACUGCUCGAUUCAUCGCCCUCACAUGUUCCCGGACAAGUGGGUGAUAUUAAGCUACUGAAACCAAAGUACUUUGUCGCUGUGCCGCUCGUUUUAGAACGCAUCCUCAAAGAAAUCUAUCACAAACUGCACGCCAGAGGCCCCCUUGCACCGGCGCUCUUCAACUACUUUAUGGACUACAAGAUCAAGUGGACGGCCAAGGGCUAUGAUACGCCCAUCAUCAACAGGCUAAUCUGCAAACGGAUCAACGACCAGUUUGGCGGCCAGCUGAAAAUGAUCGGUGUCAGUUCCGCUCCGCUACACGAACGUACGCAGUCCAUCAUCGCCGCAGCGCUCAAUGUAAAGAUCAACCUCGCCUAUGGCAGUACUGAAAAUUGCGGUCCUGCCUCCGCGCUUCACAUUGAUGAUUUGGCGCUUGGCAGCUGUGGCGUUCCAUACCACAGCUUCAAGUUCUUUCUCAAGGACUGGCCUGAAGGAGGGUACUACACUACGGGAGGAAGAAGUAGUGAUCUGCCACGGGGAGAGAUUUACUUGGGAGGCGACAGCAUCGCUUCUGGAUACUACAAACUGCCUGAAGAAACUGCAGCCUCUUUUAUUGUGGAUCCAGAUGGAACUCGCUGGUUCAGAACGGGAGAUAUUGGCGAAAUGGCGCACAAUAUGACGCUGAGAAUAAUUGAUCGCCGAAAGGACCUCAUGAAACUUGCUAACGGCGAGUUUGUCUCACUGGGCAAAAUUGAGUCCGGUCUGCGAAACUCUCCCUACGUGGAGAACAUUUGCGUGUGCACCGAUUCCUUUAGCAACUACGUCACAGCACUGGUUUCGCCCAACCGAAAGGCUAUGAAUGAGCUCGCCAAACGACUGG